CACUCUCACUCACUCUAAAUUCACCCAAAAAAAAUAAUAAAAUCCACCAUUUUCUCUUCUUAUCCUUUUUUUAUUAUUAUUGUGAAUUUUUUUUUUUAAAUUUUGGUGUAAAAAUGGCUGGAAAUGGAGUAUUUGCAGAAAUAAUUGAUGGAGAAGUGUACAAAUAUUAUUGUGAAGGAGAAUGGAAAAAAUCAGCUUCUGGAAAAUCUGUUGCUAUUAUUAAUCCUACUACAAGAAAGACCCAAUACAAAGUUCAAGCAUGUACACAAGAAGAGGUGAACAAAGUAAUGGAAAUAGCAAAAGCAGCACAAAAAUCAUGGGCUAAAACACCACUAUGGAAAAGAGCAGAGUUACUUCAUAAGGCAGCUGCAAUUUUGAAAGAACACAAAGCCCCUAUUGCUGAAUGCCUUGUUAAAGAAAUUGCAAAACCAGCUAAAGACGCUGUCACCGAGGUUGUGAGAUCUGGUGAUUUGGUUUCUUACACUGCUGAAGAAGGAGUUAGAAUUCUAGGGGAGGGUAAGUUCUUGGUAUCUGAUAGUUUCCCUGGAAAUGAAAGGACCAAAUACUGUCUAACAUCCAAGAUACCGUUGGGUGUGAUUCUGGCCAUUCCUCCUUUCAACUAUCCGGUCAAUCUUGCCGUCUCCAAGAUUGCUCCUGCACUGAUUGCUGGAAACUCUUUAGUCCUCAAGCCUCCAACUCAGGGUGCUGUGGCUGCCCUGCAUAUGGUGCAUUGCUUCCACUUAGCUGGAUUCCCUAAAGGCCUUAUCAGUUGUGUGACCGGAAAAGGUUCUGAAAUCGGAGAUUUUCUCACUAUGCAUCCUGGAGUAAAUUGUAUAAGCUUCACUGGUGGAGACACCGGUGUUGCAAUCUCGAAGAAAGCAGGAAUGGUCCCUCUACAGAUGGAGCUGGGAGGAAAGGAUGCUUGUAUCGUGCUCGAGGAUGCUGAUUUAGAUUUGGCUGCUGGAAACAUUGUGAAAGGAGGAUUUUCUUACAGUGGUCAAAGAUGCACAGCCGUUAAGGUCGUGUUGGUGAUGGAAUCUGUUGCUGACAUUCUUGUUGAGAAGGUAAAUGCCAAAGUGGCAAAGUUAACCGUUGGGCCACCCGAAGAUAAUUGUGAUAUCACUCCAGUUGUCUCCGAGUCAUCCGCAAAUUUCAUCGAGGGGUUGGUCAUGGACGCAAAGGAGAAAGAUGCAACAUUUUGCCAGCCAUACAAGAGAGAAGGCAACCUUAUCUGGCCCUUGUUGUUAGACAAUGUUAGGCCGGACAUGAGAAUCGCUUGGGAAGAACCCUUCGGUCCAGUUUUGCCCGUUAUUCGGAUCAACUCAGUCGAAGAAGGAAUUCACCACUGCAAUGCUAGCAAUUUCGGUCUGCAGGGUUGUGUGUUCACCAAAGACAUCAACAAAGCAAUACUGAUCAGUGAUGCAAUGGAAACCGGAACCGUUCAGAUUAACUCAGCUCCAGCUCGUGGACCGGAUCAUUUUCCGUUCCAGGGUAUUAAGGACAGUGGAAUUGGAUCACAAGGGAUUACUAACAGUAUUAACAUGAUGACUAAAGUGAAGACCACUGUGAUCAAUUUGCCAACCCCUUCUUAUACUAUGGGAAAAUUAUGAGAUAUUUUGACAUCCAAAUGAAGCUGUGGAAAUCAAAGCAAAUAAAGCUCUCUUUUUUAUUUAUUUAUCGGAAAAGGGUCUAAAAUAGAUCCACCAUGUACGUACUGUUCUAUUUGGGCUUCUUACUUGGGCCUGUUUUUGGGCUACCUUAUUGAUUUUGUGCCUUCA